AUGACCACUCUUGACACAUCGUCCACCAUGAACAAGAAAACCAUUCUCGUCACCGGUGCCACCGGCCAACAAGGCGGUGCCGUCAUCGACGCCCUCAUGGACCUCGACAAGUCCGGCGAGAAGUUCUCCAUCCUCGCCGUCACCCGCAAAGCCGACAGCCCCGCCGCCCUUGACCUCGUCAAGAAACACCCGCGCGUCAAGCUGGUCGAAGGCAACCUCGACAACGUCCCCGCUCUAUUCGAGUCGGCCAAGAUCAUUGCCGGCGAGCACCAACUCCCCAUCUGGGGUGUCUUCUCGGUCCAAGUCUCCAUGGGCCCCGGCGUAACCUUUGACAGCGAAGUCAAGCAAGGCAAAGCCCUCAUUGACGGCGCCAUUGCGAACGGUGUCCAGCACUUUGUCUACAGCUCGGUCGAGCGAGGUGGCGAUGAAAGGAGUUGGGACAACUCAACCCCCAUCCCCCACUUCCAGACCAAGAAGAUCAUCGAGGACUACCUGAAUGCGACGUGUGGCAAGCAACCCGGGUCCAAGAUGGGCUGGACGAUCCUGCGUCCUGUGGCGUUCAUGGAUAACCUCAAGCCGGGCACUCCAACGAGCGUGUUCCUGACUGCGCUGAAGAAUCAUCUGGGACAGGACAGGAAGUCGCUGCAGUGGAUUGCGGUGCAUGACAUCGGUGUGUUUGUGGCCAAGGUGUUUGACAAUCCGGAGGAGUGGAAUCAUCGGGCGGUCGGACUGGCGGGCGAUGAAUUGACGGUCGAGCAGCUCAGCAGGGCUUUCUCCAAGGCCACUGGGUAUCCUAUCCCGCUGACGUAUUGGUUCGCUGGAAGUUUGUUGACGUUCUUGGUCAAGGAGGUCGGGCUGAUGAUUGGCUGGUUCGCCAGCGAUGGGUACAAGGCUGAUGUCGAGGCGAGGAGGAAGGACCAUCCGGACAUGUUGACCAUGGAGCAGUGGUUGUUGAAGAAGAGCCAGUUUAGCACGGGUGUUGAUAGUGCGCAGAUUGGGGCUUGA